AUGGCGACCGUCAUGCAGAAGAUCAAGGACAUUGAGGAUGAGAUGGCACGGACUCAGAAAAACAAGGCUACAGCUGGCCAUCUGGGUCUCUUAAAGGCUAAACUUGCCAAGCUACGACGAGAGUUGCUUGAGCCCACAUCAUCGUCUGGAGGAGGGAAAGGCGAAGGUUUCGAUGUGAACAAAGUCGGGGAUGCACGAAUAGGCCUGGUUGGCUUUCCAUCGGUUGGCAAGUCCACUUUGCUGACGAAGCUCACGGGCACAUUUUCUGAGGUUGCUGCCUACGAGUUCACUACCCUCACAUGUGUACCAGGCAUGAUUCGAUACAGAGGUGCAAGAAUUCAGCUGCUGGACCUUCCAGGUAUUAUUGAGGGUGCAAAGGACGGCAAGGGUCGUGGACGACAGGUCAUCAGUACCGCCCGCACCUGCAACCUCAUCCUCAUCGUGCUGGAUUGCCUGAAGCCCAUCACCCACAAGAAGCUCAUCGAGAAGGAGCUGGAGGGCUUCGGCAUCCGGCUGAACAAGCGGCCGCCCGCCAUUACCUUCCGGAAGAAGGACAAGGGCGGAAUCAACUUCACGUCCCAGGUCAACAACCCCCAGCUGGAUCUGGAGGCCGUCAAAGCCGUGUGCUCAGAGUACAGGUGCCACAAUGCAGACAUUCACCUCAGGGAGGACUGUGACGUAGACGACCUGGUUGACGUCAUCGAGGGCAGCCGUGUCUACAUUCCCGCUAUUUACGUCAUCAACAAGAUCGACCAGAUCAGCCUAGCAGAGCUCGAUGUGCUGGACCGUUUGCCGCAUUACUGCCCUGUGUGCGCAUACCAUGAGUGGAACCUGGACGGACUGGUGGAGAUGAUCUGGGAGUAUUUGGACCUGGUGCGCGUCUACACCAAGCCCAAGGCCAAGCUUCCCGACUUCAACGAUCCCGUUGUGCUCCCACGCAACCGUUGCACCAUUGAGGACUUCUGCAACAAGAUCCACAAGGCGAUCCUGAGGCAGUUCAAAUACGCGCUGGUGUAUGGGACGAGCGUCAAGCACAGGCCACAGCGGGUGGGACGGGAGCACGUUCUGGAGGACGAGGACAUCGUGCAGAUCAUCAAGAAAAUUUAA